CUUCUUUUGUGUCUGACGAGCUGUGUUUUAGCCAGAGGAGGUCGUGGAGGAGGAGGAGGAGGAGGACGUGGAGGAGGAGGAGGUGGACGUGGAUACGGAGGAGGUGGAAAAACUUCAGGAGUGAAAGCAGCAGUGGUGCGUGUCCCUACAGUCGUGAAAGCUGGCGUAGUUGGUGCUGCAUUGGGGGCAGCUGCUGUACCUGUCGGAAAAGGCCUCGUUUCCCGCGGCUCCUCAGGAUCAAAAGGCAGGUACAUGAUUGCAGACAACCGCCAGUCGUCAGAUGAAGUUGACGGAGAACCGGUGGUCGAGGAUCGUGAGGAAGGAGGAAUGACAGCUUUUGGGAUUAUCGCCCUGAUAAUCGGACUCGGGAUUAUCGGACUACUUGGGUAUUGGCUGUUGAGAUACUGGUGCGAAAUAAGGCCGAUUCAGAAGCGACUGAAGCAUGAUGCGGAAAAUCCGUUGCUGAGACAGGACGAGAACGAAAAUGUUGUUGCAGGAAAGACGAAGGAACUGGAAGCCGUGCCAUUGGUGGCCUAUUCGCGUCGGACCGUCAAUGGCGACUGCAACGACGACGACGACGACGAGCGCGCGCAAGACAUUUCGCCGCCAGAGUCCGUCGGCGACUUCCGUCGCGGGCACAGCAACAGGUCGACCAACGGGUCGCGAUGCAGCGACGGAGGCAGCGACCGCGGAAGUGUCGGCGGCGGGGACCAAGACCGCUCCUCGCCCAGCGUCCUCUAUCCGUCAAUUUCUGCCGUGAAGAAAAUCGACGAACCCGAUCAUUCCGACGACGAUUUUUUGUACGCGACAUCGGCCAGGAUCAAGACACCCAACUAUGUUGACGAGUUUGUGGGAUUCGAACGUGUCAACGACUCAGUUCAGAAAGCCCGCAUCGACGCCGCUGUCGAGAAU